AUGGGAAAACGCAUCAUUGUCACUGGAGGCUCGGGUAAAGCCGGCCAACAUAUCAUUCAGUAUCUUCUCGAUCAAGGCCAUGACAUUCUCAACCUCGACUUGGUGCCUUUGCCUGCUCCUCUUAGCGACCGCGUACAUACAAUGCGCGUUGAUUUGACCGACGCAGGGCAAGCUUAUAGCGCGUUUAGUUCUCAUUUUCAUCUGACAGAGCCAUUCCGCGAGCCACUAGGUUUACUCCCAGAUGCAGUGAUUCAUCUCGCCUCAUUUGCGCGGCCCAUGCUUGUACCUGAUACCGAGACGUUCCGCUGCAAUGCGACCUCCCAAUACAACGUCAUUGAGGCUGCUUCUAGGCUAGGCAUCAAGAAGAUUGUUCUUGCUAGCUCUGUUUCGGUUUACGGAAUUGCCUAUGCAGAGGGUGAUGUUGAGUAUCCCUCUUUCCCUGUGGAUGAAGAAAUCGAUGUCAAUCCAACGGAUACGUAUGCUAUUUCGAAAAUGUGCGGCGAGCGUGUGGCACGUGGGUAUGCGCGGAGAUACGGAUCCGAUAUCUAUGUUCUUCGGAUUGGGAGAAUCGUUUCACCUGAAGAGUAUAAAGAGGAGAUGUUCGAUUCUUAUGUAAAGAAACCCGACGGCUGGGCUGCACAUGGCUGGUCUUAUAUUGAUUCGAGAGACUUGGGACAAAUUUGUGAUUUGGCCGUUCAGAAGGCCGGCCUUGGCUUCCAAGUCUUCAAUGCUGUGAAUGAUGAGAUCACGAACUAUGAGCCCUCUACCACCGAGUUCUUGAGGAGGGUCUUCCCUAACACACCAUUUACUCGUGCGAUGGGUGCACGGGAGGCUCCUCUUGCGAACAAGAAGAUCAGAGAACUGUUAGGAUUCCGUCAAAAUCAUCCAUGGCAGAAGUAUUAUGAAUGA